CUCAAGCCAUGAUAGCAGAAAACACCGGUCCCUGUUCCUGUGUCUCCGGCAGCCAGACCGACAGGUCCACAGUACGAGUCUCCUGGGAUCCACCUGAACACCCAAACGGGAAGAUUCUAGGAUAUCGCCUGUCAUACUCCACUGAGGAUGGAACUUGGACAACUAUCGAGGCUGCCAGCAGUCCCAAAGAGAUAUCUAACCUUCAACCUUACAAGACGUAUUCAAUAAAGGUCAUUGCUUACAACUUGCUUUUCCAAGGAGAGGACAGCGAGGUGUUUACAGUGGAGACCAGUGAAGGAUGCCCAGGACCACCUCUGAAUCUUCUAGCUGACCAGAGCGAUGGCACGUGUACCGUCAGCUGGUCUCUGCCGAAUGUCACUAAUGGGAAUCUCAGCAACUACAAGGUUGCAGUUACUGCCACCAGGCUGGACACAGGCUCAAUAAUUGACGUUGAGGCUGAGCCUGUCAUGACGUCAGAAGUACCAGACCUAACCUGGACAGAGUCCUUAGCAGCUCUUCCCGCCUACUCAUUGGUCCACGUCACCGUCCAGGCUCAAACCUGUGCGGAGGGAGAAAGGAGCGAGACUGUAAGCUGCACAGUUCAGAGGAUAGAGCCACCAGAUAUGGUCCCGAAUGUGACUGCUGAAGAGACAACGUUAACUUCCAGUACCUUCACCAUCCUGUUACCCGGCAUAAGCGAGCGAAAUGGACGUAUAAGCUGUUACCAAGUCAUAGUUGUACCAAUGCGGAACGGUGAAACACUAGAUGACCUGACUGACAGGGUUGGACAGCCACAGGACGUCCUAACGGAUUCUGCACUGGAGGACGGAAAAACAGAGCCGUACAUCACACUCGCCUACUCAGGGUCCAGCUACCAAGAAGGAUCAGAAGUGACAAUAGGAUCUGGUGAACCCUGUGAAGACACGUGUUGUAAGAGAGGUGUAGUACAGGGAGCACCAGAACCAGGUAACAGGAAACUGACACCAGGGUCUACCUACACAACAGUCAUCCGUGCCUACGUGGGUGCCACUGAGGGGAGAAAGAGAAAAAGUGCAACUCUUCGUGCGUACGUGGACCCUGAUGAGGACGCACGUCAUAGAACAGCUUCACAGACCCAUAUGACAAGUUUGUUCAUGCAACCGAUUAUUACAGUUUUGGAAAAAGCUUUGCCGUUGGUUGCUAUCAUUGUCGGGGUGGUUGCCGCAGUCAUCGCCAGUUUUGCAGCUGGAGCCGGGUUUAUGUUUUACAGGCGAAAAUAUUUGAAAAGUAAGAAGGAAUCCACGACAGAAACAAACGAUGUUCCACUUAGUAACAUAACAAGUGAGGAGGAUUUAGACAUCAAGGGAGCGGAUAACGAAGCAUUUUCCACGGAUGAAAUCAAGUCAAAGUGCUAUCGUCGAUUUUCUGACAUCAGGACUGUAGAUGACGUCACAAAAUACCUGAAAGAGAACAAUUUUGGAGAGUACGCCAACGCUUUCAGAGACCACGAUGUCGAUGGAGAUGCGUUGAAGUUCCUCGACGACGCCAUACUAAAGGAUCUCAUUCCAAAGGCUGGACCAAGAGCACGAUUUAAAGGCAUUUUGGUGACUUUGAAGCAGGAAAAUGAGUCUCCAGUUACAGCCCUGAAUUUCUGGGAGAUCCAGAGGACAAGCUUGAAGCUCGGCAAACGUCUCGGCAGCGGCCAGUUCGGGGAGGUGCGACUGGGAGAACUCCGUAAUCGAGGACUGACAACCAUCGUAGCUGUCAAAACAUUGAGGGAUUCGGCGUCAGAGUCAGACAAGAAAGACCUGCUGGGUGAACUGGAGAUCCUGGUGACUGUUGGUCGUCAUGACAACAUCAUCUCUCUGGUUGGAGCGUGCACAAAAGGAGGACCUUUGAUGAUAGUGGUUGAGUACGCCACUAAUGGCUGUCUGAAGGACUGGCUGAAGACCAACUCUGCUGAGAACAGCACAGAUCUAGCCUACCAGAACCAGCCUGCGAACCCUUCUCAUCUGUCCAUGGAACAACUCAUCCAGUUCGGUGUCGAUGUGGCCUGUGGGAUGAGCCAUCUCGCUACCAUGCAGUGUAUCCAUCGUGACUUGGCAGCCAGAAACAUCCUUCUGGGAGAAAAUCUCGUCGCUAAGGUGUCUGACUUUGGCCUGUCACGUGACAUCUAUGAGGACAGUGAGUACGUCAAAAGCACAAAGAGUAAGCUACCGUUGCGAUGGAUGGCCUAUGAGUCCCUUUUCUACAAUGUGUACACAAUUCAGAGUGACGUCUGGUCCUUUGGAGUUCUUCUUUGGGAGAUCAUGGCAAUGGGCAACCUUCCGUAUGAGGGGAUGAAGGGCAAAAGGAUGAUGGACAUGAUCAAAGAUGGCGGCCGGCUGAAAAAGCCAAGCAACUGUCCUGCUGAGAUCUACACCCUGAUGAAAAGUUGCUGGGAGACGCUUCCAGAAGACAGACCGACUUUUCCUGAACUGAGAUCAAGUCUCAUCAGGAUUAUGCAAGGCUACAAGGUAUGA